AAAGCUUUGCACCCUACACUGCUACAGGGAUGAAAUAUUGCCCCCAUUUCCAUCCGAUGAUCCAGCAGAUCUCCAGCCAGGUUUAUCUGGCCUUGAAUGGGCGUUAUCAAUCGAUCCAUGUCCAUCUGGUUUGGAGCUGACAGUUAACACCAAUCCGGCUGAUCCUGAUGGGUCAUUGGUCUCAGAACCAUCCAGUCUUGAGGUGAUAUCUGACAGUGAUCAGGCUGAUCCAGAGCCAUCACCUGUCCCAGGUCCAUCCAGCCUCGAUUUAAAGUUAACACUGGAUCCAGGUCUAUCCAAACUGGUUUCUGAGACAAUGAAUAUCCCAGGACUAUCUAGUCUUGAUGUAACACCUGUACCAAGUCUAUCCAGUAUUGGGAUGAAACCGGACAUGGAUCUAACCGAGCCCAAGCCAUCAUCUGUCCCAGGUCCAUCUGGUUUUGAGGCAGCUGUUGGACAACAUUCAACAAAGAGGAAGAAGAAAGGCAUCUGUGCAUUCUUCCGCCGAACAUGGAGGGCUGUUAAGUGUGCUGCUCUCUGUUGCCAAAGAGACAACAAAGUGGCUCCAGAUCCAUUUGCCAUUGACCCAGUGGCUCAACAGAAUAAUUCAGAUCUCCAGCCAGAUUUAUUCAUCCUUGAGUGGCUGACACUUAAUGCUGAGCCAACAUAUCUGGAGCCAUCACCUGUCCCAGGCCCAUCCAAACUGAAUAAUGAGCCAAUGCCUGCCCCACAUCAGUCUGGUUAUGAGCCACCUGUUGGACCAUCCAGUCAGGAGAUAAUGCCAGUCUAUGGGUCUGACAUGGGUCUGGAUGUUCCUGAGCUAAAACCCAUUCCAGGUUCCAGUCUCGUUCUGACAGCUGCUGUGGAUCUGAUUGAUUCCGAGCCGUCAUCUGCCUCUGGUUCAUGCAGCUGCAGGCGGACACCUGACACUGAUCUGGACAAUUCUAAACAAAAACAUGUCCCAGUCCUAUCUGGUUUUUGGCCAACUGCAGCAUCAUUUUCCUCCCGUUAUGAUAUGGGAGUGAAGUUGGGACAGGGAGCCUUUGGUUCUGUGUAUAAGGGGACUCACAGAUUUAGUGGCCAGAAGGUUGCUAUCAAAUGUAUACGUAAGAAGCCCUGGAACAGCUUUAUUAAUGUGCCUGGAUCUACAGAACGUCUGCUGUCAGAAGUGGUUAUAAAUGUGAUGGUGUGCGCACCUCCGAAAAGCCCCUACAUUGUACAAAUGAUCGAGUGGUUUGAUCAGCCACAUCAGUUCAUCAUAGUUAUGGAAUAUCCACAUCCAUGUCAGACCUUGCUGGAAUUUACCAUGUGCCAUGGAUGUUGUCUGGAUGAAUCUGUGGCACGUGGUUUAAUGCGGCAAGCGGUGCUUGCAGCCAAACACUGCAUUGAACGGGGCAUCUUACACAAUGACAUCAAGACGGACAACAUGCUGGUCAACACAGAGACACUGCAGCUCAAACUAAUAGACUUUAGCUGUAGCAAACGUAUUAACAUGUCUUGCUCUGAAGGUGAGUUGAUGUAAUGCCAUAAUAUGUCAAAAAAUGUACAUGAUUCAAAGCUUUUUA